UGAUUUUUUUCCUCUCCUUCCUGGCGGGGAGGCAGCCGCAGCCGCGAGCAAGAAAAGGAAGCCGACGCCACGCACGCCAUCGCCGCCCCUAUCUCCUCCACCUCGUCCUCUCUCUCUCUCUCUCUCUCUCCUCCACCAACCAUAAGCGCCUCCCUCUCUAAAAUAUCACUCCAUCCGAGAGCACAGAGCAGGGUAUCUUCUUUUUAAGAUUCUUGGCUGCGUGUUAACGAACGCAGCCCAGCCGGCGGCACCUGUCCGGGGCGCACCAAGGACGGGGACUCCAAGAAAGAAUCAUCGGCGGCGGGCUCGCGAUCGGGAGCGGAGCGGGGCGCAUGCGCGAGUACCGGUACGGCGAGGACGAGCAGCAUGAGCCCCAGCCGGGGUGCGGGGAAGGGGCGGGGCAGGCGGCGGCGAACUGCGCGGCGGUGUGCUGCUGCUGCCCGCUGGCGCUGCUCGACGUCCUGCUGCUCGUCACCGUCCGCCUCCCCGCGGGCGUCAUGCGGCGGGUGAGGAGGAGGCGCCACCGCCACCGCGGCCGGGGAGGUGCCGGAGCCGGAGCCAACAGGAAGAGGCCGGCCUCCGCGGCGGCGCCUGCGUCGCCGACGGGAGGCAGCGGCAAGGCGAUGAUCGGCGCGACGCGGGACAUCGAGGAGGAGGAGGAGGAGCAGGAGGAGGCGCGCGGCAAGGCGGAGUCGGCGGCGGCGGCGUCGGAGCUGGAGCGCGAGAUCAUGAGCUCUCAUUUCUACGGCGCCGGCUUCUGGCGCAGCGUCUCCUCCAGCUCCAGCUCCUCCUCCAUGCGCUACCAAUAGCAGCGUGUUCUUCCUCCUCAUCAUUCUUGCAGUGUUCUUGGAGUUCCCGCCGUUCUUGGUGGUGUUGUGCCAGACUGGCAGUCAGUGCAGCAUGCAUGGCAACAGGAGCAGCAGCCUUCGGCAUCGUACAAAGUGACCGUGCACUUGUUCUGGAUCGACACGUGCAAAACUGGCUCGUGUGGAUUGGAUUAUUGUACUGCUACGCCAUUGUCUUGAGCAUGGACCACGCCGGCCGGCCGGCAGCUGCUGCUUGGUAUGGAGUAGGUUUUUCAAUUUCUUUUUGUGUCCCUGUGGGAGAGCAGCAAAUGCUGAAACUUAAGUUUUUUUUUUGAAAAAUUAAACUUCAAGCUUGUGUCCAAACGAUUUAUUAGUACUUGAUUGAGAGGCCAAUCGACAACAAAUGAACAAACAGAUCACUGUUCAUUA